AUGUUUGUAUUAGGCAAAGACAAAUAUUUACUUCUCGUGGAUUAUUAUUCAAAAUAUUUUGAAUUAAUUAGAGUCACAGACAGUACAAGUAAUACUGUAGUGAAUGUUCUUCAAAAACACCUGGCCAGAUAUGGACUUCCAGAGAUUCUUUAUACGGAUAUUGGUCCAGAGUUUGCCAGUAAGGAAUUUUUCAACUUUGUCAGAAAGUACCAGUUUCAGCAUGUCACAUCAUCACCAACUUUUCCACAAAGAAAUGGGUUUGUCGAGAGAACUAUACAGACAGCAAAGAAAUUGCUGAAGAAAGCUUGUGAUGAUGGGAGCGAUCCUCAUUUAGCACUUUUGGAAUUGCGAAAUACUCCAAUACAGGGAGUUGGUUUAUCACCGAUCCAACUAUUAAUGGGCCGUCGUGGUAAAACACUUAUACCUAUAAAGCAGUCCUUGUUAAAGCCAAUGGCAUAUGAUGGAGAAAAGGUUCAACAAUCAUUAACAGAGAAGCAAAAAAUCCAGAAGAAAUAUUUUGACCGAGGAAGUAAAACUUUAACACCGUCACAGGAGGGAGAUACUGUGAGGAUGAGAUGCGGAAACACCUGGGAACCAGCCAGGUUAGUGGGAGAUUCUAAACAAGGAGAACCUAGAUCGUUUGUUGUGACUGCCAAUAACAAAGAAUACCGGAGGAAUAGAAAACAUAUACUAAAGACUUGUGAGUAUGAUACAGUGGGAGUAUGUGGUGGAAAUAGCAUACAAGUGGCAAUAGCACACAAGAAGAAACUAAUGGGACAAUAG